AGCAAUAUUUUGUUUACAUCGUUUUGAAAUCGAAGGCCACUAGCAAAUUAUAGUUGUCCGAAACAAACCUUAGUAAAAGCUUAGUGUACAAUGGCCACGGCUGGUGUUGCGCCACCGCAAGUGACUGGUGCCGACGGAUUGGGUCCGGUCCGGCUGCCCGUCGACAGUGAAACUUACAAGUACGACGAAUGGACCAUUUCGUACACGAAGUCUCACAUCCUCAAGAGCGUUUGCGUGAACGAUAAUCAGUGCGUGGCCGGCGGCGAGGGAUGCUGCGAGCUGUGUGUUUACAACUUCGCCCUCGAUUUACCGCACCUCCCGGACAUGGUGUUUCACAGAAAUGUGCUCCGUCUGUCUCAUAGCUCCGGGGCCGUGCUCGAGUUUCGCCCAAUCGAUGCCCUGAAGCUGGUGCGCAACGAAAAGCUAGACCUGAAGGUGGCUUGUUCCGACGAGUGGCGCGAGAGUCGCCCGGAAGCCGCCGAAACGACUGAUAAGGUGAAACACUUUGACUGGUCCUUCACGACCGAGUAUUCUGGCACGACCAACGAGCGGUUGCGAGUGGAGCCGACCGACCAGCGGAUCGACACGUUUAAGUUGAUGCAGCGCGAGCCGAUCCUCUUCUAUCAUGAUCUCACGCUCUUCGAGGAUGAACUGCACGAUCACGGUAUCUCGUUGCUGUCGGUAAAGGUGCGAGUGAUGCCGUCCGGGUUCUACGUUCUGCAGCGCUUUUUUCUCCGUGUCGACAACGUGCUGAUACGCAUCAACGAAACGCGGUUCCAUUACGAAAAGGGCAACAACUAUCUGCUGAAGGAGUUCACGCACCGGGAGGCGAAGGUCGAGCAGCUAAAGCACGUUCCACCGGCGCUCUUUACCGAUCCGAACGAAAUCGCUCAACAACUGCCAGUGAUUCGGAAGGUCAACGAGAAACUCACCAUCGUCGAAGCAGGCGCCUAACGACGCCAGUCCGUGUCCGUGGUCACCCUUUUAAACUAAACGUUCGUUUGCUUGCUCCACAGAAGCGGAACAUCAUGGUUUGUAAUUUUAUUGGUUCGGAUUUACGAUUUUUCUUUCGGUACACAAUAAAUAAUGCGUGUCAUAAGACGUGACACAGAUGCGUAUCGGA